CUCUCACCACACCUGGCCUCUUGAUGAUUGCUCAGGUGUUUUUGGGUACUGAGGCCGCAUGGUCGGUGACAAUCUUUACAUUGGCUCUAUUCGCGCAUGGUGCUGUAACGCCUGGUUAUUUGGGUAAUGGUUUGGAUAUUGCACCCAAUUUCAGUGGUACCAUUUUUGGUUUGGCCAAUACAUUGUCCUCAUUCGGUGGUUUUCUUUCCACAUGGAUGGUUGGUGCCUUGACCUAUGAAGAUAAAUCCUAUCAUCAAUGGCAAAUUGUAUUUUGGAUAUUGGGCAUUACCUAUAUUUCCGGUGCUGUUGUCUAUCUCAUUAUGGGCACAGGUGAUUUGCAACCCUGGAAUAAUCCACCAGAACGUAAAAAGGUCUCUGAUGUUCAUAAUGAGGAGGGAGUACCUUUAAAAAAUUAA